CAAAAACAUAAAAAAGUUGAAGCAUCCGACAAUCUAAGCAUCUAAGCCUAACCGAACUCGCAGAAAACCUAAAUAAACAAAACAAACGGAAAACAAGGGAAGACGUUAUACUGAGCCGACAUGGCAAGGGACAGCUGCUUGGCUCGCGUCACCGCUGGGGUCGCCGUCGGAGGCGCUGUUGGCGGCGCCGUUGGUGCCGUUUAUGGGACUUAUGAGGCAAUUAGGUACAAGGUUCCAGGACUGCUGAAGAUUCGAUAUAUUGGGCAAACCACAUUGGGCAGUGCAGCAAUAUUCGGACUUUUCUUGGGUGCAGGGAGCCUAAUCCAUUGUGGGAAGUCCUACUAAACCAAUUCAUUCUUUGUCUUGAAGACCUUGAGAAUGUAUUUCUCAGAAUGGUGCUUAGCUUUAGAUUUAAAAAGAAAUGGUGUUUAACGUUUGCAAGCCUCGGUUUUGUUCUUUGAGCUUCCUCUAUUGCCUUUCUGUGGGAGAAUGCAUACUUGGGAAUACAUUUGACUUCAAUCAAUGUUGCAUAAAUGUUUCUCCUUUGUUAUUUCAA